AUGGCCAUAGUCAAAUUGAUCAAAGAUUUGGCGUCCGUGAUUGCAUUCGCAUUGGGCUUUCUAACAGCGGAAUCCUACUAUACCGAUCUCUGGAUUCGCUUAUACGAGCCUGGCCGGUUUAUUGGAAUAUGGGACGAUGUUGGCGCGUCAUUCAGCCAGACCGAUGCCUGGGAGCCAUUCUCCCUCCGGAACACUGUCAAGGCCAACGAUGACAACAAUGCCCGAUUAGAGUCAUUAAUGAGUGCACUUCCACCCCAGGCGGAUGGAGUGGCUCGAGUAUUUCUCCAGGAGCUUUUUGACGAUGACGUUCGCGACAAUGACUCCACAUCCGGAACGGACUUCCCGUACAAGUUCCCUCCUCUUAGGGUCGCUACUGUGGGCUUCUUGUCGUUGAUUAGCAACCAAUAUUGGGCCUCACCACUUCGAUGGUAUAGGAUAGAGUCUUGCAAUUUCAUCGAAAGUAAGCGAGGCAGUCCUCAAGUUCGCUGGGUCAAUGUCGUGCGGUAUCUACGCUUUCAGGUCAUUGACAAUCGACUACAAGAGUUUAUCACGUGCAGAACACUUGUCCGUACAGACUGGACGGGAAACAACCGUCGUUUCCCAGAAGAACAGUUCGGUCUCUACCAAGCAACAGCUACCUUUGCUACACAGCUAUGCGAACUCGACGCUAUGUAUCGCCCUUUCAAAAACACGUCGGACUGGAUGAAGGCUUUCAGCCUACAGUUCUGCCAUGCCAAUCUGCUGUUGUAUGCUCGAUUUCUAUUGGUAUAUGAAACCGCCUUCGGGAGGCAGCAGGGGUUGUUGGACCCCACCCGUGCAGAGCUCCAAGAGGGCAACGUUGGAAAAGUCACUGCAGACCAUCAAUUGAUUCAGAAAUUUUCAGAAAUUGGAGAUCGAAUGCUAGUGGCCAUUGAAUCACUAGUUGAAAUCCUCCAGAGCGCCACAAGAAGUCAAGUUGGAUCGUCCACGCCAAUAUCGAGAACGUCCAAUAUCCCGAUAGCAAUGUCAGAGACUCCCCAACUAGCGGCCAUAGAACUCGAGAUCCGCUUGUAUUGCAAACAGUUAAGAGACCUAGGUGCGCUUCUAUAUGAUUUUUUUGGUGUUGUGACUCUUCUUGGAGCCCUUGCGCUUUGCUUCAUCUUGCUCUUAGACUUUGUAAAUUUUGUGACCGGGCCUUAUCUGGUCCAGUUCGAUAUGGAGAUGAACAGGAAUGCGAUGUAUAGGGAGGAAGUAGCCAAGCGAAAGCAGCAGCUCUCCACAUACGUACACUUUCGGAUACUUGCGUCUAUUCUUUGGUGGCUGGGUCUGGGUCUAUUCUGCAUUAUUCUUGUCGUUUCCUUUCUCAUUGGCAUGUUUAGAGAUAUUAGCCUCGGUGCUAAGGUGCUUGGAUACGGGCUAGCUGUCGUCUCCUUCCCUGCUGUAAUUGCCUUGAGCCUUACUUUUCUUCUAUCCUUGAUGGGCGAAUUGGUACGACGACGGCGAAAGGCAAGGAAAGCGGCACAAGAAUCACCUCGAGUCGAAAGGCGUCGGCAAGGUAUGGGAGCAGACGAGGAAAAUGCCUCCCCAGUCAACCCGCCUGAACCUACGACUAGGAUGGCGGAGCUAGCAAGCGCUGCCGCCAACCACGCAGAAUCAGAGGACGAGGUGGCCAACGAGUAG